AUGUCAAAGUACAUCCAGCAAGCCCAGUGUCUAGACGAGGUGUUACGCCUCCGUUCCAGCCUGUUGGAAAAGUACCAGAAGUCCAUCCGACCCGUCCGUGACUACAGGGACGGCAUUACUGUGUAUCUCAACGUAGCACUGAGGCAAAUAACUGACCUGUACUGGAAAGAUGAGUAUCUCCAGUGGAACAAAACGGAGUAUGGCGGGAUUUCCAGCAUCAUGUUUCCUAGCAGGGAAAUCUGGAUACCAGACAUCUACCUGUACAACAAUGUAGACGAGCAAAGUGACGGCGGCCUACAGCCGGGCACUAACGUGAAGGUGACGUCAGAGGGAGAAGUGUCAUGGCUGACCCCCUCCUCCUUCACCAGUUCCUGUAAGAUCGACAUCGGACCGUUUCCGUACGACCAGCAACACUGUAUUCUUCACUUCGGGUCCUGGACACAUACAGGUGUGCAGGUGGAUUUACAGAACGCGAGUGCAGCAGCAGACUUGUCUGACUUCGCCGAUAACGGAGAAUGGUGGCUGCUGGGCAUGCCGGUCAGCAGGGAGGAAAAGUUCUACAGCUGCUGUCCCGAACCCUAUCCUAACUUAAAGUUUUCAAUCGACCUGAAGCGACGCCCGAUGUUCUACUUCUUCAACCUGGUUCUGCCGUGCCUGAUCCUGCUGCUGAUCAACCCGCUGGUGUUCUACCUGCCGCCCGACUCCGGGGAGAGGAUGGGCUUCUGUAUGACCAUCCUGCUGGCCCUGGUCGUCUUCCUGCAGCUCGUGUCGGAGUCACUGCCGAAGACUUCUGACAACAUCCCGCUCAUAGGGAAGUUCUUUGCUGGCACCAUCUUCCUCCUCGGUCUAACCGCGAUGGCCAACAUCAUCAUCCUACACCUGUACUACCGCCGGCCCGGGUCCAAGGAAGUCCCUUCGAUCAUCCGUAAGAUCUUCCUCGUCUACCUGGCCAAAAUCUUCUGCUUCACCAAGGCGUCGGACCACGACGACGACGGGAAAGGCGUGGUGGACAGCACGGACACGCUCAAGAUCUCCAACCCGUUCCUGGACGUGACGCAGAUGUUCCCCUUCGGCGGCUCGGCUCCCAACUCACCGGACCCCGGCUCACGAGACUACGGCACCUGGGACUGCUCCGGGCGGGUCCGGAGGAAGGAGCCUCCCCGCGUCACCUUCAACCUCGAGGCGAUGCAGACCAACUCUUUGAUCUACCUGAAGGAGAUCCUGCGAGCGGUGAACGUCAUCGUGAAGGACAUCAGGGAGCAGAGAGCGGACGAGAACGUGGAGUUAGAGUGGAGGGAUGUGGCGAUGAUCCUGGACCGGGUGGCCCUGUUCUUCGUCAUCGUGGCAACGGUAGCGCUCUCCAUGGCGAUUUUGCUGUUCAGUGGGUUAUAGGACUGACGGGAAACAUAGUACUAGUACGUACGCUAUCCAAAACUCGAUGUGUCAUUCACCAAAAAGAGUUCACUGAAAUGACUCUCCUGUGAUCAGUCCUUGUAGCAACUCACGAUUAUAAGAA